AUGGAGAUUCAAGAUCAAGAGAAUAUUGGUAAGAAAGGUUUCAAUAAAGAUAAUGCUAUAACGAAACCUAUAGCACUUGAUCAAGCUACUGGAGAGGUUCAAGUGCGUAAGUCCACUGGUAAAGUCAAGAUACGUAAGGGCCAGAGUGAAGAAGAGUAUGAGAAACAGUUGGAUCAUUUUUUCAAUAUUGAGAAAGGCCCAACUGUAACAGAGGUUAAUUGGAUGGAUAAUCAAGAUGCAUUAAAUUUGUUAAAUACAAACGAUGAAUAUGAUAUCACUAUCAAACAGACAAGACAGAAACUGACAAGCUUCUGUGAGAGGUAUUAUUACCAACGAAGAUAUGAGGAAUGUCUAACAUUAUCUCAAAAAUUAUUGGAAAUAUUUGAACCAUUGAAUACAAAGAAUAAAAUGAAUAGAGAAUUAGAUGAACUACGUUACAUGAUUGAUCAUUGUCAAAAGAAUAGCAAUCAUGAGAAUGUUGUGAUACUUGAAUCAUAA